UUAGUGAGCAAGAUUUUCGCAAAGCACCCGGACAUUGCAGUAGAUGUCAAACAGACGAACCAAGUAGUGAGGACAGCAUACAUGGAUGUCCUCCUCAGCCUCAUCGAGACACUGCGUAAGCCUCCACAGAGCUUUUCGAAUGAUGACGUAAAAAAGGCUUUGCGCAAUUUGAAAGAGCUAACGGAAGCAGGCUUCAGGCUAGAUUGGUUAAAGGAAAAGCUCAAGGAAGUGGCCUGGAAGAGGAAGAAUGCAACUGAUGAUGGUUCUCGGGUCAAAGAAAUGGAAGAACACAUCAACAGUCUGGAGCUGACUUUGUGGAAUCUCAAAGUUGAACUGAACAAGGAGAAGGCUAAAUCUGCUGCUCCUGCUAAACUCUUGCCGUUUGACGACAUUGUUUGAUGUCAAAAUAAAAGUUUUUUUUUUAAGUUCGUAUAGUAUAUUCAUGGUUCCAAAAUGUUUUGAUUUAA